UCCUCUCGUUAGAUUCCCACUCGAAAUACAAUACCCUUCCCUGUUAGAUACUUUAUCCAACGGCUGGCAUCCGACGGUCGGCAGCGCACAAGCUAGGGCAGCCUAGAGCUUCGCAAGAACAGAGAGCGCGGCUCGGCGGAGGCGGGGAAUCCUCAGCUCCAGGAAUGGCCGCCGUUUCGUGGAGCGCGCUCGAUAUUACGGAGAGAUCAGCGCUGUCGCGAGCUCCGGGAGGUGAGAGGCAGUGGCAGGGGCACCGGGCAGCGCUGCUAGAUCUCUCGCCGAUGUUCCGUGGCCGCGUCCGCGAGAGGAGGAAGCUCGGCAUCGUCGCCGCCAGCCCGCCAGCGGAAGAGACCGCCUUGAGGGCAGAGCCCCUGACGAAGCUCGACCUGGUGGAUUACCUGGCGUCGGGAUGCAAGCCAAAGUCCAAGUGGAGGAUCGGCACCGAGCACGAGAAGUUUGGAUUCCGGAUGAGCAGUCUCGAGCCCAUCGACUACGAGCAGAUCGCGCAGCUGCUGGAAGGUCUGGCGGAGCGAUUCAACUGGCAGAGGGUGAUGGAGGGAGACAAGAUCAUCGGUCUCAAGCAGGACGGGCAAAGCAUCUCGCUGGAACCGGGUGGCCAGUUCGAGCUCAGCGGUGCUCCACUGGAAACUGUCCACCAGACGUGUGCCGAGGUAAACUCCCAUCUCUACCAGGUGAAAGCGGUGGCCGAGGAGAUGGGACUGGGCUUCAUGGGGAUGGGAUUCCAGCCAAAGUGGCCGGUGGAGAAGAUCCCAGUGAUGCCCAAAGGGAGGUACCAGAUCAUGAAGAACUACAUGCCGAAAGUUGGCAGCUUGGGCUUGGACAUGAUGUUCCGGACGUGCACAGUUCAGGUGAAUCUCGACUUCUCGUCCGAGGAGGACAUGGUGAAGAAGUUUAGAGUGGGACUGGCGCUGCAACCGAUCGCCACUGCGGUGUUUGCGAACUCGCCGUUCAAGGAGGGCGUUCCCAAUGGUUUCGUGAGCUACCGGAGCCACAUCUGGACGGACGUAGAUCGAAACAGGACAGGCGAUCUCCCGUUCGUCUUCCAGGAUGGUUUCUCGUUCGAGAGGUACGUCGAGUACGCUCUCGAGGUGCCCAUGUACUUCGUGUACAGGGACAAGAGGUACGUGGAUUGCACGGGGCAGUCGUUCAAGGAUUUCCUCGCCGGCAGGCUCUCCAAUCUCCCCGGCGAGCUCCCGACGCUCAACGACUGGGAGAACCACUUGACAACCAUCUUUCCAGAGGUCAGGCUCAAGAGAUACUUGGAGAUGAGAGGGGCUGACGGGGGGCCGUGGAAGAGGCUGUGCGCUCUCCCAGCCUUCUGGGUGGGGAUUUUGUACGACGAAGAAGCUCUGGAAUCGGCGUCCAAGAUGGUGGAGGGCUGGACGGAGGGGGAGAGGGCGAUGCUGAGAAGCAAAGUUCCGAGGCUGGGAUUAAGCACGCCGUUCCGGGACGGGCAGCUCAAGCACGUAGCGCAGGACGUUUUUAAGCUGGCCAGGGAUGGGCUGCAAAGACGAGGCUACAAGGAGGCUGGAUUUCUCAACGACAUUGCUGAGAUUGUGAGAACGGGGGUGACACCGGCAGAGAAGCUGUUGAGCUUGUAUGAGGGGAAGUGGAACAAGAGCGUGGAUCCAGUUUUCCAGGAGCUACUGUACUAGUGCUAAUUACGAACUGUGUGUGCAAGGAGUUCUGAGAAAUUUGUGACCAGAAAGAAAAGGAAGGAGUUGUGAUGACUGACUAGCUUUCCUUUUUUUUUAUGAUCAAAUAAAAUGAUGAUGCUAGAUUCAUCCUUAAA